UAUACACAUUUAAUUUAAAAUAAAGUGUCAUCUAAUCCACAAUUAAUUGCAAUCAAGCAACUGUCGUGUGGUCACACUUAACAAUAGGACUAUGUACAUGCAUUUUCCUAUUUCAUAUUUUUCCAAUCUGAUUUAUUUAUCAUGUACCUCUUCUUCCUUCCUUUCUCUCUUCUUCUUGUGUCACUUUUAUCUAUGGAGUUCCUCACCCAGAAAUAAUUACAACCCUGGUGUUACAUAAUGUCCCUGAACAUGUAUAUAUCCAGGGUGAGGUUCGGUUUUAAUUUGUUUUCUUAUAUCCGAGAAGAUAUUUUUAUUUAUUUUUUCAAACUCUGGGUUUAUUUUCUUCUAUAUAGAGCAGGCGAUAUUCACAAAAAUCCUGGUCCCGAUCUAAAUAGCUCAGACUCUUUUAAUUAUACAUCUUCCUCUUCAACGGUAAACGAAAUCUUAGAGAGUUUCAAUAACUCCUUAUCAAUUGUCCAUUAUAAUGUCCAGAGUUUCUUCUCAAAGAAAGAUAUCGUACAAGGAGAACUACAACAUUUUGAUAUAAUUUCUGUCACAGAAACAUGGCUUAACAGCAAUAUAGACUCGGAAUCGAUCUCUUUUGAAAAUUUUUCUACUCCAUUUAGAAAGGACAGAGUUGCUGAUAACCAUGGUGGCAUUUUAGUAUACGUUAAAAAUAGCAUUCCAGCCGUAAGAAGACAAGAUCUCGAGAUUAGUGGUAUUGAAUGUAUUUGGAUAGAGUUAACGAUUCAUCAUUCGAAAUUUCUUGUUGGCACCUUCUAUCGCCCUCCAAAUUCUCCUGCAUAUGUUCUCUCCAAUAUUGAACGAUCAAUUGACCUUGCCUUUGAUACUAGCAUUAAGAAUAUAAUAAUCACCGGUGAUCUCAACUUAGAUAUCUUAAAAACAGCAUCAUCCAAGAAACUACUUGAUAUAGCAAAUCAAUACAACAUGACACAAAUAAUAAACGAACCAACGCAUUUCACAGAAUCAUCUUCCUCUCUGAUUGACGUUUUCCUUGUUUCUUCUUCGUGUAGUGUCCAUGCUUCGGGUGUAGGUGAUCCAUUUCUUGAACAACAACUAAGAUAUCAUUGUCCAGUAUAUUGCUUACUUAACUGUCAAAAGUCACAUGCUAAAUCAUUUAAACGUCUUAUCU